GUUGACAUUGUUCUGCCUGAGAAUAUGACCCUGAAAGAAGCCCACAAUAUUGGAGAGCCUUUACAGAGGAAACUUGAAAGGCUUAAGGAUAUAGAAAGAGCAUUUGUGCACAUAGAUUAUGAAUUCACUCACAAAGCAGCAUGGUAUUUCAAAGCAAUAUUUUUUUCUACAAUUGAGCGAUGUAGUAAAUUCCCUGUAUUUAAGGACAAGAGUGGAACCCUCUAUGAACCAAUCUGGAAACAGAUAGAGUCUAGAGCACUAGAAGUGGGGAAUAUCCGUCUCCAUCGGAUGGUGCAAGGUGAAGACUUGUUUGCACGAGAGGCAAAUUCCCACCAGUCAUGUCGCAAGUCAUUCAAUUUGCAGUAUGUUAAUGACAUGCGUUAUAAAUCCCAAUCCUCUCGCUAUGUGUACAACACAGAGCAAGGUCGCAUCACUGAUGCUCAUCUCAAGUCUUUCAAUACUGUACUUGUGCAGCUAACAUCACUGUGUCUUCUUUACAUACAAGAGUUGGAAAGACAUGGGAUUGCUAAUCCAGCUUAUAGGAGUGAGAAGCUAAAGGAUUGUCUUGAGAACCAUGACAUUUAUAAAUCAAUUGCCUUUGCAAAGGUCAAUCCAGGUGACAAAGGCUGUAUCACCUAUAACCUGGUGUACAGUACCAACAUGUCUGUUGCAGAUGUAGUGACAUAUGCAUAUAAGCUUGGAUCAAAAGACAAGUACCAUGAAGUGGCCGAGCUUCUUUGUACUAAAAUGAAUCAAGCAUUCAAUCAGUCACAACCACUUCCUUGGCCUCCUACUGCAGAUGAUUUUGAGUUGCACUCACCAGACGCACUUCUUCCCGCUGAGUUAGUCAAGUUUCUUAAUAUCUCUGGUGAUGCUGACAUGGUUUAUAACUCAAAUCUGUUGUACUGUAAAUACGGAAUAAUGGAAGCAUUAGGCCGGGGAGUAUUAUGUAUGUUGAUUGUCGUUGCGACGAGAACCGUUGAUACCGAAGCUAUGUACACCACUGGUUCGGUUUCCAUCAUUGAUGGGCAUGCUGUACUGAAAAGAGACAGACUUGAUAAAUCAUCAACAGCUUAUGGCACUUACAAUGAUACAAUGUACACUACAGGAUGGGGUGUUUUCAAUGUCAAGGCCGGAUACAGUAAAUCUGAUAUGAAGGAUACAGAUGUGAUGUAUGCAGCUGGGUAUCUAGAGGGCGCCCUCACUGCCGAGCGAAUUUACCAACACUAUGUAAACAUACACUCUUUGUUCCUGGGUAAAGGAAAAGAGGACUUGGAGAGGAAAGUCAGAAUAUUUUUCAAUAAACAGGAAGAUUGGGUUCGGCAACAAAUAUCUGAUAAUCUGAGUAGUGAAUAUUGGAAAGCAGUAUCUGUUAUUAUUGCCCAGUUAGAUGGAUUGGUGGAUGGUUAUACAGCAUAUCCAUAUGAAAACAAGACUUUGGAUAGGUUUGCUUUUCAACUUUUAAAUGGUGUUGGUGAUAUGAUUGAUUUACGUGAUGCCCUUUCUCCAUCUACUCGUCCUGAUUGGACAAAGAUGUCACCUUCACAUUUCCAGAUGUAUUUUGCCAACCAUGGUCAUUGUUCAGCUCUCUUCAAGUGUAGUUCAAAUGGACUAGAAGGAAUGAAAAGCACUCCAAGAAGAGCUCCUCACCUCCCGGGUUGUUGCCCAAAUUUGGCUUGGUCAUAUACUCACCCUCGGUCCUGA